UUUGUCACAAUCUUAAAAAAAAAAAACAAAAACCGAAAAAAACCCACAUCUUAAAUCUGAAAUUUGUCUCUAAAAUCCAUUUUUUUUCAAAAACCAGAUUUUGAAAAUUUAUAGCAAAAUCUGGAAAAAAAUUGUAAUAUUCUCCAAAAAAAAAAAAAAACAAAACCGAAAACAACCACAAUCCCAAGUGACUUGCAAUGGCUGACCGCCGGCGGAUAAGGGUGACGUAUGGUGGUCGUGGUGGCGGUGGAUUCUCCGGCGAACAGAUUGAGGGUUCGGGAACUCGUCACGCAAUAUCUAGACGUUUGAACGCCUCAGUUAGGCGAGAGUCAGGCCGUUUAGGAAAUACGGCCGAACCGUUUGAUCACCAGCAGCGAUAUGGGUAUGCUGGUAACUGGUCGGGGGAGCAUCAACCAGAACGCAGCAUCCCCAUGUACUCGUAGGGUGGAGUGCCUUCACCUUCAUCUGACGAUGAGGACGAUGAGGCAAGUCAGGCUUCACGCGAUCAAGAGUAUGACCCUCGUUAUUAUCAUACGGUGCAUAGGGGUCAGACUGGGAGAUUUGUCAGCAGUAGUCAAACCAGUCAGCCUUCCACCAGCUCAGCAGAGGCAUGGGUAGUGCAGGAGGCGAUGCCAGGUGGUCCUGAGGAUGGGACCGUUAUCCCUAGCUUUGGGGGGCACGUGGCUGCGUAUAUAUGGGGCGGGCAGGAGCGUAAUGUUUUGCGCUGUUUGGGCAGGACGCAGUUGUGUUCUGAAUUGGUCGCCUGGCGAGGUCAUCUUGCACAGGAGCAUCUGGAGUUGAUUGACGGUAGCGGUCUUUCUCACUUACUUGGGAUCAUGUUCAGGCGUUUGGACUGGCCGCUGAUUUCAGCUUUUGUUGAGAGAUGGCAGCCAGAUACGAACACGUUCCAUAUGCCAUUUGGGGAGAUCACGAUCAUGCUGCAUGAUGUGUACCACAUUCUAGGGCUUCGUGUAGAUGGUCGCAUGGUGUCCGCUACUCCCAGCACGGACACGCUACGGGACGCAUGCUCGAUCACCAUGGACUUGACUGCAGAGGAGCUGAAUGAGAAGUGCGGUACCAAGACCAUCUGGCAGGGUAGUGGGAUGCUGACGGAGAGGAUUGCGGACUCGACCCUGGAGUCGCAGAGGCCUUUCAGUGUCCAUUACACUGCCUACCUGUGCUUAGUGCUGGGCGGAUGUCUGUUUCUGGACAAGAGUGGUAACCGUACUCAUCCGUCCUUCCUCAGCGAGCUUGUUGUGGAUGAUCUGCCGAUCGAUGAGUACUCUUGGGGUUCAGCUGUUCUGGCGUAUUUGUAUUGGCAGUUGGGUACGACAUCUAGAAAAGAUGCCGAUUCUAUCGCUGGUUGUCUCACACUUCUGCAGGCGUGGAUCUACGAGUAUUUUCCGUGCUUCCGGCCUCAGCAGGGUACCUUGACUAGGGAGCUCAGUGUUCCGCGUGCCUCGGCUUGGGAUGUGGGAUCGGGAUUCCCCAACAAGAGCAUGGAGCGCCUCCUCGCAUUUCGUGUUAGAUUGGAUCAGCUGACCGACAAUGAGGUUACCUGGCUCCCGUACGGAGUUGAUCCGGCAUGA